AUGUCCGUCGAGAAGAAUAUGCAGAUGAAGGCCUGUGUCUACGGAUUCUCCACAUAUUUGGGAGUAAAAUGCUCAGCUGAGGCCGUUGCUCUUGAAGGACUUCACAAAAUUCAGGUAAAGCCAAGCGGCGGCUUGGCGCGACGGCUCGGCCGCACUAUUAUCCAACACAGCAGCUUUGCCGCACUGCUCAAAAUUCUCAACAAGAGCAGAAGCAUCCUCAUUCUGCGCUCCUCGUCACUUCUCCUCUCCUUCAUCUUCCACCGUAUCAUGCGCCUCGCCCAUCUCCACAUCCCCAAUCUGAUCCCCUUCGCGCACGCCUCCCACCUCCAACAGAUCCUUGUCUCUCGCCUCCUAGCCUACAAAAAGCUCCAUGUUACCUCCCCACAGCCCCCUCCAGACCCAACAAUCCUAACAUUCACCCCUUUCCCUGUCUAUACAACCGGCCGCCGUCACCUACCUUCUUCCACCUCUCCCACAGGUGCAACAUCAACCAAUCCUCACCAAGCUCUCAAUGCCAAUCUACCCAAACCCCUCCACCCCAUUCGCCACCUCCUAACCCCUGCUGCAAGCCUUCCCGCCUGUGCAGAAUUCCACCCAACCCUCCGCGGUGGCCAAACUACUUACCACGGCCCCGGCCAGCUAGUUAUAUACACAAUCCUUGAUUUGCAGCGACUACGCCUGGGCCCACGGCAGCAUAUACAAUUACUAGAGAGGAGUGUCCUGGAUGUUUUAGCCAGUUAUGGGGUACAGGGGGCUGAGCUGAGCCAGAUGAAUCCUGGGGUUUGGGUGUGUACGUCACAACCAAGAUCACCAUCGGGACCCAAGUUGCCGUCCAAAAAGAUUGCUGCAGUAGGCGUACACCUGCGCCGUAAUAUCAGUAGUUAUGGUGUUGGGUUGAAUGUGACAGAGGAGCCAAUGUGGUUUUUCCGCCAAAUUGUUGCAUGCGGAUUGGAGGGAAGAGAGGCAACAAGUAUGGUGGGUUGUGGAGUGAGAUUUGAUGGGAAGACUGGAGAUGUUACUAUGAUGGAGGUUGCAGAGAGAUUUGUGAAUGCAUUUGUCAGUCAGGUUAAUGAGAUUGGGAUGAUGAGGGCUGUUGACAAUUGUGCUCAAGCAGAUGAUGGAGUGCAGAUUGAGGAGGUUUACAAUAUCGAGGAGCGGGAUGUGCUUGAGGCAAUUGUGAAAUAG